AUGAGUGGUAAACGAAACUGCAUGUUCCUCUCCAGGUUUGCCAAGCCAUCUGCAGGCCGUGCAAACCUUCCUGUCACCUUCGUCUUACUGGACCGAAUGGUGGUGACGAGAACUGCCGACACGGUUUCGGACCAAAUUCAGAACGUCUUGACUUGGCGAAACGGAAAUCCGGCCUUUACUGCUCACGGUAUCGGAAUUUCCACGAUGGCGGUGGACGUAGAACACCGUCCAAAGAUCGAGUACGACCAGAAGGAGUCGAGCGGCGACGAAGACUUCGAAGAGGAUCUGGAACUUGAGAAGCGAUUGAAUCGAAAAUUUGACCUCCACAUCGUGCCUUGGCUCUUUGGAAUCUGGUUAUUCUCUUUCAUCGAUCGGAGCAACAUCGGCAACGCCAAAAUCGACGGUCUGACAACUGACCUCGGUAUGGAUACUGGAACACAAUUCAAUGUGGCACUGCUCGUCUUUUAUGUCCCUUACAUCCUAGUGGAUGUCCCAAGCAAUUGGAUCAUCAAGAAAGUCAGGGCAGGUAUCUACUUGCCAGUUCUCAUUACCUGCUGGGGUCUUAUAUGCACAUUCAUGGGUUUCACCAAGUCGUUUGGCGGGCUAGUGGCUGCUCGCGUGCUUCUCGGCCUCUUCGAGGGCGGUAUUCUCGGGGGAGUCAUUGUGUACUUGGCCAUGUUUUAUCGGCGACACCAAAUGAUGCUACGCUGCGGACUUUUCUACUGCGCAGCACCGCUGUCUGGCGCUUUCGGUGGUCUCCUCGCCUCAGGUCUAGGGCAGAUCAAGCACGGAGGUUAUAACAAAUGGCCAUGGAUCUUUUUUAUCGAGGGUGCUAUUACCGUCGUAUUCGGCAUCGUGUGCUUCUUCUUCAUGCCCAACACUCCGGCGGACUCAAAAUUCCUCACCCCCGAAGAGCGCCAAUACGUCCUGCGAUACAUGCGAUUAGAUGCCAGCGGAGCGACUUCGACCGAUGUCCACGAAGAGCGAUUUAGCUGGUACUGGGUGAAAAUGUCUCUCCUUGCGCCCCAGACGUACUUUUGUGCUAUCAUCUGGUUCUUCCUCCUCGUGCCACUUUACAGCUUCUCGUUGUUUUUGCCCUCGAUUAUCCGCGGGAUGGGCUACAAGUCGACGAUAGCACAGCUCUUCACAGUACCACCAAACAUCGCGGCGUUCAUCACCGUCAUAGCAACAACGUACUAUUCCGACAAGGUCAAGCUCAGGGGACCAUUCAUCCUCGGUGGCACUAUACUCGGGGCCGCGGGUUACGUCAUGCUGCUAGCGUCCAAUAGUAACCCCGUCAAAUACGCUGGCACAUUCUUUAUUGGCAUUGGCGUCUUCCAGUGCUCUCCGAUUCUCAUGGUAUGGUCGAUUUCGCGAGAUGUGACGUCAUUAUCUUAG